UGGAAACCUUCUACUUUUCAGUUUCCUUUUGUUUUGUCCCUACCAAUACCAAACAAAGCUAAGUAAAAGUGUAAUACAAGCGUCCUAGGUUACUCUUCUCUGCCGCACAACACAACCACACCCAUUUCUUCUCUCUCUCUCACUCUCUCUGCUAUUGCCAAGUUCUGCUUUCGCGGUAUUUUUUCGAUCUCUUUCAAUUUGAUUUCUUCUGCAUCUCCUGUGCUGCAUUUCUGUAAAAUUGCGAAUGUUCUGGAAUACGAUUUUAUGAUUCCUCGACUUCAAUUGGGGCCUUUUCUCUUCUAGCAAUAGGUUAUUCCGAAUUGUAUUGUUAUUAGGCUUUUGCUUCAGUAUUUGGCGUCGGAGAUGCUGCGAUAAGUUUCAUGCUGAUUAGUUGGCGUUCCGUUUGGAUUGAGCUGUAUGAUGUUAACUUGAGCCCAUUGUGUUAUCAUUCAUUUAAAUUUUCUUCUCGGAUUAUUUGGUGCAUUGUUUUUCUGGGGUUAUAGAACAAGAGUUAUGAUUCUGUAGGGGGUUGCUUCACCUUCCAUGGAAUAUUUGUACCUUGUAAUGGACGCAGCAGAAGCGAAUUAAGCACACACAUGAACUCUGUCCAAGGUGGGGCUGAAUCAAUUAGCUGCAAUGUCAAUAUGAGUCUGGCUCAGGAAAAGAAUGACAUCGUUGGGAAUAAGGAGAUUCGUGAAGAUGCAAAGGAUAUAGUUACUUAUCAACCGAGGAAAAGACUGAAGAAGGCAGACCUAUCUGAUCUUCCAAGAACAGAUCUUGAAUCUUUCAGUGAGGGGGAUGAUUUAUCCUUGGGUAAUGUGAGCCAAAUUAUCGAAAAUCAUUCUUUGGUUCAGCCUAUUGAAUUUAAAUCUGUGCCACAUCGCUUUUCUUCAAGUAUGAGUGAGAAAACGGAGGUGUUUGAGGAUGGGAUUUCUGCAGGGGUUGCUAUGAGUGAGAAAAAGGAGGCGUUUGAGGAUGGGAUUUCUGCAGAGGUUGUUCAGAUGUCACUGGAUGAAUCUUUACAUUGCUCUUCAGAAAUUCUAAACACUUCCUUGAAUAACUCUACGCAUGCAAUGAUGAAAAGUAAGUCUUGUGAUGCUGGUAUGCCAGUAAGCGAUCACCUGGAAGAACUGCAUGAUGAGGCCAAGGAAAUUACUAGUGUGGUUGAUGGUGAUGCAUCAGGUGAGGUUACUCCAUUAUACCAUGAGGAACAGUCUGUGGCAUCACAUGAUGAUCUUUCCUUGGAUGAUACACAAGGUGUUGUUUGUGAAACCAUAAUUGUCCCAGUUGAUAGAGCAUUUACUGGUUACAUGCAGAAGAAGCUUCUCGUUCUUGAUUUGAAUGGGUUGCUUCUUGAUAUAUGCUCAUUUGUACCUUACAAUUGUGAUCCAGAUGAUAUAAUAAUGAAGAAAGCAGUUUUUCGGAGGCCUCACUGUAAUGAUUUUCUGGACUUUUGCUUUGAGAAGUUCAAUGUGGGUUUUUGGACUUCAAGAACCAAAAGAAACAUGGAGCCACUUCUUGAAUUUCUUUUAGGGAAUAAUAAGUCGAGGUUGCUUUUUUAUUGGGAUCAAUCGCACUGCACUGAUACAGGUUACUAUACUGUUGAGAAAAAAAACAAGCCUCUUCUCUUGAAGAAACUUAAAAAGUUAUGGGAUAAAUGUGAGCCUGGUCUCCCAUGGGAGAGGGGAGUGUAUAACGAAUCAAAUACACUUUUAUUAGAUGAUACUCCCUGUAAAGCUUUAACAAACCCUCCAUACACUGCAGUCUUUCCCUACACCUACCGGUUCAGAGAUGUAAAAGACAAUUCAUUAGGGCCUGGAGGUGAUCUCCGUGUUUACUUAGAGGGGUUGGCCGAAGCAGAAAAUGUUCAAGAAUAUGUGAAGCAGAACCCAUUCGGCCAGAGGCCCAUAACAGAGAAAAAUCUUUCCUGGGGUUACUAUCGAAAGGUUAUUGCAGCGAACUCCACACCACCACGACAAACAGAUACAGGCAACCCUUGAUGAUGAACAGUAAGUCCUGAUCCCGACGUCCCACUUGUAUCACAAUUUUUGCCCAAACACAGAUUUUCUCUUCAGUUUCCAUGAAGCAUCAGCAGUCUCUUAACUGCUGCAUAAAGCAGAGCAGAAGUCCAUUGCUAUCCAAUCGUUUCUGUUUUUUGUUUCUCGAUGCUCUUCUUAACUUAUUCUUUUGUAGAAUAGUUUUAGUGUAAGUCCCACAGUUCUAUUUGGCAAAUGGAUGGUUAGUUUAAUGUAAUUUUAGGUAGAUUUUGUAUGCUGUGUUUUGCUAAGCAAAGCACCCUUUUGACCUACAGUGUUUUGAUGUAUGACCACGCGUCGUCUGGCUUGGCUUUGUAGUUUUAGUCCUGGUUGAUGUAGUGCUGUUAUGGGUGUAACCGAGCCGUGCCUAGUUGACUUGUACCUUUUUUGGCUCGAGCUCAACUCGUUUAACUUUUACUAGACUUGAGCUUUUGUUUGAUCAGGAAA